UUGGAUGCCGAUCGUUGCAUGUGAGGUACUAUAUAUAUAUAUAUAGUGCAAGCGACAGUAUACACGCUAUCGGCGCAUGUAACUAUAGCGGGAAUAACCGAACAUAACCGAAUAUUCUCGAACAUUGCCGAUGCAAAAUAGCCGACAAUUGACUGAGCGUCGAGGGGUCGGACAGAAAAGAGACAAGCCAUUCCUUUGGGUGUACAGCUUCCCCUUUCUCAACUUUAUCAUGAAAUUAACAUAUUAUUGACUUUUAUAAAAAAAAGGAGUGAUCUGAGAAUAAUGGAUGGUCCAGGUACGAUCACAUGGGAGGAAUUUCUCGGAGAUGCUGAAAAAUUCGUACAAAUGUCGAAUUAUAUAUCUGACGGAUGGGAUCUUCGAGGUAAUAAGAAUAUACCAGGUGAAGUAUACGUUGUUCGCCGACAGAAACAAUACAUUUACAAUAAUUCAAAUAAUUAUACGGCAUUGGAAAAUAACGAUCUCAAUUUUAUGUUGAAAAAAGAAGAUCCAUUCGAAGCCACUUGUCCCAUCGAGAGACCAUUAAUUACGGAACAUCAUGUACUAUGGUCGAUGAGUUAUAGCGUUCCAGUGCUUUAUUUUAAUGGAUGGAAAUCAGAUUUUCCGGGUAUUAAUUCAAUAUCAAUGGAAGAAGCGCAAUCCUUUGUUUGUGAUAGAGAAUUGAAGUACAAAGAUUUAUCUCAAGCAAUACAUCCUAUAUUAGGUACACCUUUUUUAUAUUUGCAUCCUUGUAUGUCUCAUGAACUUCUACAAAUAACCAGCAAAAGUAAAAAUAAGUUAGUCAGUUGGCUCAGUACCGUUGCUCCUGCUGCUCUUAAUCUUAAACUACGUCCCGAAUAUUAUCAAUUAACUAUUUAAUGUAUAAAUUUUAAAAUAUCAAAUAAUUAAAUUGUAAUAUAUUGUGUAACUUUAAAAAAAAAAACUGUCUGUACUGAAUAAAAUUA